AUUCGCCGUCUGCUCACUCUUCUAUAUGCUAUCGUGAUCUAGCGCUAUUGUUUCCUCCAAGAAAGAUCUGGGGGACUGUGCAGGAGGCCCUUUAUUGCACAAAUGCCGGUACCCUCCCCGUACCUACCGCUUGUCUUACUACUCUCAUAUUAACAAUGACGGCAAACAUCUACCCGUGUGUCAUUGCACCUGGAUCACCACUUCACGUCGGGUGUCAAUGUCGGAUCCCGCGCUGUGCCAGCCGUACCUGAUAGAUUUGUCAAUGCUGUCUGUUCCAGGUCUGAUAUGAAUUUGGAUUGUGCUUCAUGACUUUCCACCACCGGCAGAAGGGAGCUCUUUGGCAAACCACUACCUUGCAGGCUUUCCGAGAGCUUUGGACUGCGCUCCUAGACCGCACUUUCCUCUCAUGAUCUUAUUGGAAGUCGACUCGCUUGUCAUGGUGUUUCUUUCCGUCUUUCGCAGACUCUCAACGACCUGCGAGGACCUUGAGGGCCAAAAGUGUCAGCUCAGGUAUCUAGGUUUGUUUGUUUCAAUGUCCAACGACGUUCUGCAUUGGCUUCCAAGUAGCGACCAGAAUCAUCCGAUACAAAAACAUAUUUCCUUCUUCAAACAUGAGACUCCUUUUUCGAAUAUUUCCCCCUCAAAAUAUCGUCGAGACAAAGACAACCCUCGAAGCCUUCAAUGGCCCCGGCCACGACGAUGCUGAAUUAUACUCCUCUACAGCGACAACUCUAGAAAUUUCUGACGAUUUUGAAAGUCCAACAACGAAAGAGAAGGUGCUUGAUGAUGUGACUUGUUUGACGGGAAACUUCCAAAUACACAGGCUCCUCUGGGCUCGGUACAUUUCGAUCGAUGCUCCCUUGACUCAACGACUCAGUCACCUUUCAAAUGAGCAGACCUUCCUCGCCUGGUUCUCCCUGGCCAAUGCCAUGUCUUCCCUCGGCAUCGUGAUUGCACAAAUCUCCAGCAUGGAGAACGCUCUCGAAGCUGAACCCAAGCCCACGACCAUGCGCCGCGCUUUGGGAAAACCUCAGGCUUGUAUUUGUCAACUAUCUGCCAUUCUCAUCCUGCUGAUCGGGGCAUGGCGCUUCCUGGAACACCAGAAUGAUAUCCUGCGGGGUCUUACCAAGUUUUGCUUUGGCGGAGUAUACCUCACUGGUAUUGUGGUCUUGCUGGCACGUCUUGUUGACUCAAUUACCGUUUCUCUGUGUAUGUUCGGCUGAUGAUCUGUUCCACAGUGUUUAGUUUCAUUCUUUCUACUUCUGGUCACCGUUCUGGAUGGUUCUUGAAGACCAUUGAGGAGGAAGUUUCGCUGCCGUUGCUACGGAAGUACAUAGCGAGUGAACGGUCAUCCGCUUAAUCCUCGCUUUGGGGUGGAGUUGUCGAGAUUCGUGAGGUUGAGGAGUAUCGCGAGGAAGCCGUAUUGGCGGACCUAACAGAAAGGACAAAAAGUCCUUUCCUGAGAAUUAUGGAAACGUUUCAAGCAUACCUAGAACGCAUUCACGACGUGGCUCGUAAUCAUACUGCACAUCAAAAAGCUCUAAUCACCGUCGUGCCUAAGAAGUGUCCUAGCAAUCAUUUCUAUCCAAUGAAUUCAUAGUCUGAGCAUUUUCACUUUCAAGAGCCACUGUUCUAGAAAGGCCAA